AUGGCCGGGAUCGGGAUCGGAAUUGUGACCGGGAGCAGGAUCGGGAUUGGUUCCAGCCAAUGGAAACACAGGGACGUGGCGCUGCCUCCGAGCUGCCGCCUUCUGAUUGGUGCGGACCGGGAGCGGGACCGGGACCGAGAGCGGGAUCGGAAACGGGAGCGGGAGCGGAGAAGGGUUCGGGAGCGGGAUCGGGAACGGGAGCGGGAUUGGAGAAGGGUCCGGGAUCGGGAUCGGAAACGGGAGCGGGGAAAGGUCCGGGAUCGGGUCCAGGCGCGGGGCAGCGGGGACAGCCCGGGCCUGGCGCUGGAGCGAAGGGUCCCGGCGCCGCUCCCGGUGCCGCUCCCGGCCGCUCCCCAGGACUACCAGAAUGUGCCCAUCGACAUCCAGACCAGCAAGCUCCUGGACUGGCUGCUGGACCGCCGGCACUGUGGGCGGCGCUGGCCGGCGCAGGUGGCGCAGGUGCGGGAGCGGAUCCGGGCGGCGCUGCAGGACAUGCCCGAGCACCCCGAGAUCCGAGAGCUGCUCCAGGGCUCCUACCUGCACUAUUUCCACUGCCUGCGCAUCGUGGAGAUCCUCAAGGGCACCGAGGCCUCCACCAAGAACCUCUUUGGGCGCUACUCGUCCCAGAGGAUGAAGGACUGGCAGGAGAUCGUGUCCCUCUAUGAGAAGGACAACGCCUACCUGGCCGAGCUCUCGAGCCUGCUGGGGCGCAGCAUCAGCUACGAGCUGCCGGCGCUGCGGAGGCAGCGGGGCCGGUGCCUGCAGGCGCAGCAGGAGCUGGCGCGGCGCGAGGACGAGUGCCAGGCGCGGGCAGGGGAGCUCCGCGAGCGCUUCCUGGGCUCCUGCCGCCAGUACGGCAUCGCCGGCGAGGACGUGCGCCGGGAGCUGCUGGCUCAGGUGCAGGCGCUGCCGUCGCUGCUGUCCCGCGUCGGGGACGGCGCCAGCGCCCUCGGGGACGCCAUCGAGCUGUACCAGGCCUGCGUGGCCUUCGUGUGUGACAGCCCCGGAGCGCAGGCGCUGCCGCUGCUGCAGCACGUGGUGUCCCACGGGAACUCCUCGGUGUUCCGGUGGCGCACGGGGCAGGAGCCGCUGCAGCUGGAGCGGCCCCAGCCACCCCCGGAGGCACCGGAGCCGCCGCCCAUCGAUUGGGGGGAUUUCCCCACGGAGCCGCCCCAGGGCGGGGACAUCGACUGGGGCAUCACGGUGGAGCCCAGCCCCCAGGUGGGUGACAGCCCUGUGUCCCCCCGUGUCACCCUUGUCACCUUUCCUCCCUCAGGGGACGGUGGCGUUGGUUGGGGCGAUGUCCCUGUGUCCCCAAAUCCCCCUGUGUCACCCCUGUGUCACCCCUGUGUCAUCCCUGUGUCCCCCGUGUCACCCUUUGCUCCCCAGGGGGACGAUGGCAUCGACUGGGGUGAUGGAGAGAAGGGACAGGAGGGGACAAUCACGGUGGUGGAGGCUGGAACUGAGGCCCCCGAGGGCGUUGCCCGUGGCUCGGACGCGCUGACCCUGCUGGAGAACCCCGAGACUCGGAACCAGUUCAUCGACGAGCUCAUGGAGCUGGAGCUGUUCCUGGCGCAGCGGCUGCUGGAGCUGGAGGACGAGGCCCUGGACGUGGUGGCCCUGAGCCAGUUCCAGCUGGCCCCGGCCGUGCUGCAGGGCCAGAGCCCCGAGCGCCUGCGGGCCCAGCUGGCCACGGCCCGGGGGCUGCUGGCCCAGCUCUGCUCCCGCAGCGUGCAGCACCUCUGCAUGAUCCUCGCCUCGCCCAGGUACGUGGAGCGCGUCACGGCCCUGCUGCGGCAGCAGAGUCUCCAGGCCGAGCUGCUGCUGGCCAAGCGGGAGGCGCUGGGGCAGCGGCGCCGCCAGGCCCUGGCCGAGCAGGGAGCGCUGGAGCCGCGGCUGCAGCAGCUGCAGGAGAGAACCAGGGAGCUGCAGAGGCUGAUCGAGGCCGACAUCUCCAAACGCUACGGGGGGCGCCCGGUGAACCUGAUGGGCGUCAAUGUGUGACACCGAGCUGUGACAGGGACGUCCAGCUGGGGCCCCUGGGGACACCAACCUGGGACACCUGAUGGGCGCCAGCCUAUGGCAGCUCAGGGACAUCAAAGUGGAACCCC